AUGGGUGAGUUUGUGAAUGAGGUCCAUGAGACCAGACUCCACUCGGAACUGCUCUUCCUCCUCCGUUGGUGGUCCCGGGAGUGGCCCCAGCAAGAGCGCUACCUGAUCACCUGGUACCUUUCCUGGAGCCCCUGCUGCGAGUGCGCAAUCCAGGUGGCUGACUUCCUGCGGCAACACGACAACCUGAGCCUGCACAUCUUUGUGGCCCGCGUUUAUUACUCCCGGAAGCCCGAGAUCCACUGCGGCCUCCACAGGCUGUGGCAGGCCGGGGCCUCGAUCGAAAUCAUGAGCCUCCAAGACUUUGAAAACUGUUGGGAAAACUUUGUGGCCCAUGGGGGACAACCCUUCCAGCUUUGGAGGGAUCUGAAUGAAAACUGCAAGUACUGGAACACUGAGCUCACACGCAUUCGCAGUAACACAAUGGAUCUGCUAACAAGAGAGAUUUUCUACUCACAAUUUAACAACCAGAGGCAGCGGCGGCGGCGCACACGACCCUACCACGCGAGGGACGCCUACUUGUGCUUCAAGCUGCACGGCCUAUCCCUGUCCCAGCCCAUCCAACGCUGCUUUCAUUACAAGAAAGACGACCAUGUGGAACAGCGCUUUAUUAAAGAGAUUGCUUCCAUGGGACUGGACCCAGACCAGAGCUACCAGAUCACCUGUUACCUCACGUGGAGCCCCUGCCCGGGCUGUGCCUGGAGACUGGUGGACCUCCUUGGGGACUACCCCAACCUGAAGCUACACAUCUGCACCUCCCGCCUCUACUUCCACUGGUUGUGGGACUAUAUUGAGGGGCUGCGGCAUCUCUGGAUGUCCAAUGUCUUGGUCAGCGUCAUGACCAGAGAUGACUUUGCUCGCUGCUGGGAAAACUUCGUGGACCACCAGGGAGAGGCGUUUGAACCCUGGGAGAAGCUGGAUUCACAUACUAAGUGCACAGCACGAAGGCUUCACCGCAUCUUGAAGGAAAAUUCCCCCGCUCCAUGCUUGCAGAACCAGAAGCUCAUCAAGAAGGUGAAGAAUUUUCCCUUAAACUAA